CGCCAUUCUGCCACGCGACACCGCCCAGCCCAGUGAAUUUCGCGCCCCAGCUCCAACACCCAUCCCUCCACUGACUUCGCAGCGCCACGAGCGCGUUGACGGCCACGCGUGUUUCCGCUCUCCCGAACACAAUCUCCAUACACCCCUCCGACAGAUCCCACCAUGGAGUCCUCCCGAGGCCCGCCGCGGGUCAAAAACAAGGCCGCAGCGCCCAUCCAGAUCAGCGCCGAACAACUCCUCCGCGAAGCUGUCGACCGCCAGGAUGAGAAGCUCAAGGCGCCAACGCAGCGCUUCGCUGACAUGGAGGAGCUGCACGAGUUCCAGGGCCGCAAGCGCAAGGAGUUUGAGGACUACGUCCGCCGCAACCGCAUAAAUAUGAACAACUGGAUGCGCUAUGCCCAGUGGGAGCUCGAGCAGAAGGAGUUCCGCCGCGCGCGCAGCAUCUUUGAGAGAGCGCUGGAUGUGGACAGCACGAGUGUUGCGCUGUGGAUACGGUACUGCGAGGCGGAGAUGCGGAAUAGGAAUAUCAACCAUGCAAGAAACGUUUUUGAUCGCGCGGUCACAAUUCUCCCGCGCGUGGACAAGCUGUGGUACAAGUAUGUAUACAUGGAAGAGACGCUGGGGAACAUUGAGGGUGCAAGAUCGGUGUUCGAGCGCUGGAUGCAGUGGGAGCCCGAAGAGGCGGCGUGGUCGGCAUACAUCAAGCUGGAGAAGAGACACGGCGAGUUCGAAAAGGCACGCGCCAUAUUCGAGCGCUUCACCGUCGUGCACCCCGAGCCAAAGAACUGGAUCAAAUGGGCCAAAUUCGAGGAAGAGAACGGCACAAGCGACCUCGUCCGCGAUGUCUUCGGCACCGCCGUCGAGACGCUGGGCGACGAGUUCAUGGACGAGAAGCUCUUCAUGGCGUACGCCCGCUUCGAAGCCAAACUCAAGGAAUUCGAACGCGCCCGCGCAAUCUACAAAUUCGCGCUCGACCGCAUGCCCCGCUCCAAAGCCGCAACCCUCCACAAAGCAUUCACUCAGUUUGAGAAGCAGUACGGCGACCGCGACGGCAUCGAGGACGUCAUCCUCUCCAAGCGCCGCGUCCACUACGAAGAGCAGAUCAAAGAGAACCCCAAAAACUACGACGCGUGGAUCGACUUUGCACGGCUCGAAGAAGCAUCCGGCAACACCGACCGCGUGCGCGACGUCUACGAGCGCGCCAUCGCGCAGAUCCCGCCCACCCAGGAGAAGCGCCACUGGCGGCGCUACAUCUACCUCUGGCUGUUCUACGCCAUCUUCGAGGAAACCGUCUCCCGCGACGUCGAGCGGACCCGCCAGAUCUACACGGAAUGCAUCAAACUCCUCCCCCACAAGCGCUUUACCUUCGCUAAAGUCUGGCUCAUGGCCGCGCACUUUGAGCUCCGGCAAAACGCACUACCCAAAGCACGAAAACUACUCGGCCAGGCAAUCGGCAUGUGCCCCAAGGACAAGCUGUUCAAGGGGUACAUUGAGCUCGAGAUGAAGCUCUUCGAGUUCGGCCGCUGCCGCACCCUCUACGCAAAGUACAUCGAGUUCAACGGCGCCAACACGUCGACGUGGAUCAAAUUCGCCGAGCUCGAGCGCGGCCUCGACGACCUCGCGCGCGCGCGCGCCAUCUUCGAGCUCGCCGUCGACGAGCCCCUGCUCGACAUGCCCGAGCUCCUUUGGAAGGCCUACAUCGACUUCGAAGAAGGCGAGGCCGAAUACGACCGCACGCGCGCGCUGUACAAGCGCCUCCUCGAAAAAACGGACCACGUCAAGGUGUGGACCUCGUGGGCGCAGUUCGAGCUCAGCGUGCCAGACGCCGACGCGCCACCGCCCGAGGACGAUGCCCCGCCGUCCCCCACCGCCAUCGCGCGCGCCCGCGCUGUCUUCGACGCAGCGCACACGCGCCUCAAGGAGCGCGAGCUCAAGGAGGAGCGCGUGGCGCUGCUCGCCGCGUGGAAGUCAUUCGAGGACGAGGUCGGGACCCCCGACGACCGCGCGCGCAUCGAGAAGCAGAUGCCGCGCAAGGUCAAGAAGCGCAGGAAGCUCGACGACGACAGCUUCGAAGAGUACGUCGACUAUGUGUUCCCCGCGGACGACCAGAGCGCGGCGAAUAUGGCGCGGCUGCUGGCGAAUGCGGCGAGGUGGAAGAAGGAGAAGGAGGCGCAAGCGCAAGCGCAAGGACAGACGGCGGAGGAGUAGGAAGGACGGCUGGGAAGUGGGCAAAGAUGUGUACUAUACCAUGUGGAUAUUGGAGAGUGGGCGCUAUUUUGGGGUGGAUUAUACGUUUAAGGGGCGCAAAUGCGUGACCUGCAAUGAACAGCUAUCGAUACUGCUGGGUGGCGCUUUGUAUCUGAGUGAAACGAUACUGUUCAGCAUCUGUGAAACCGACAUCUACAGUCGAUCGAGGGAGUGUUGGAUGUACACAAUACCCGCAUUCCAUAAUGCGGUCAAAAGAAGGCAGACAAGGGAGGUGAUAGCCAUCCAGGCAACGAGCUGCGAGAUUAGAGGUGUCAACCAGCUAGUAUGGACACAGAUCUACAUGCGCCAACGAACGGUCG